GCCGCCGCCGAGCACGCCGCGCCCCGCAGCUCCUGGCUUCCUCCUCGCUAGGGUGGCGUUGGGCCGGCUCGGGCGCUCGGGUGACUGCAGCGGCUCGGCUCCCCGCCCCCCGCCCCGGGCCGCGCGGCUGCCAGUCGCUUCGCAGAGGGCUGGAUGGUUGCAGCGAGCAGGGUGGCUCCAGGAUGUUAGGGACUGUGAAGAUGGAAGGGCACGAGAGCAGCGACUGGAACAGCUACUAUGCGGACACACAGGAGGCCUACUCCUCUGUCCCGGUCAGCAACAUGAACUCGGGUCUGGGCACCAUGAAUUCCAUGAACACCUACAUGACCAUGAACACCAUGAGCACGAGCGGCAACAUGACCCCGGCUUCGUUCAACAUGUCCUACGCAAACCCGGGCCUGGGAGCCGGGCUGAGCCCCGGGGCGGUGGCUGGCAUGCCCGGCGGCUCUGCGGGCGCCAUGAAUAGCAUGACGGCGGGCGUGACGGCCAUGGGGACGACGCUGAGCCCAGGCGGCAUGGGGGCUAUGGGCGCGCAGCCGGCGGCCUCCAUGAAUGGCCUGGGGCCCUACGCGGCAGCCAUGAACCCGUGCAUGAGCCCCAUGGCGUACGCGCCGUCCAACCUGGGCCGCAGCCGCGCUGGCGGCGGCGGCGGCGACGCCAAGACUUUCAAGCGCAGCUACCCUCACGCCAAGCCGCCCUACUCGUACAUCUCUCUCAUCACCAUGGCCAUCCAGCAGGCGCCCAGCAAGAUGCUCACGCUGAGCGAGAUCUAUCAGUGGAUCAUGGACCUCUUCCCCUAUUACCGGCAGAACCAGCAGCGCUGGCAGAACUCCAUCCGCCACUCGCUCUCCUUCAACGACUGCUUUGUCAAAGUGGCCCGCUCCCCGGACAAGCCAGGCAAGGGUUCCUAUUGGACGCUGCACCCGGACUCCGGCAACAUGUUCGAGAACGGCUGUUACUUGCGCCGGCAGAAGCGCUUCAAGUGCGAGAAGCAGCCGGGCCCCGGGGGCGGGAGCGGCAGCGGCGGCCCCAAGGGUGGCCCAGAGAGCCGCAAGGACCCCUCGAGCGCUGCCAACCCCAGCGCCGACUCGCCCCUUCAUCGCGGUGUGCACGGGAAGGCCGGCCAGCUAGAGGGCGCGCCGGCCCCCGGGCCCGCCGCCAGCCCCCAGACUCUGGACCACGGCGGGGCGGCGGCGACAGGGGGCGCCUCGGAGUUGAAGACUCCAGCCACCUCGGCUGCUCCUCCGAUCAGCUCUGGGCCUGGGGCGCUGGUAUCUGUGCCCCCCUCCCACCCGGCGCAUGGCCUGGCACCCCACGAGUCCCAGCUGCACAUGAAAGGGGACCCUCACUACUCCUUCAACCAUCCUUUCUCCAUCAACAACCUCAUGUCCUCCUCGGAGCAGCAGCACAAGUUGGACUUCAAGGCGUACGAGCAGGCACUACAGUACUCGCCCUACGGCAGCGCAUUGCCCGCCAGCUUGCCCCUCGGCGGCGCCUCGGUGGCCACGAGGAGCCCCAUUGAGCCCUCAGCCCUGGAGCCAGCCUACUACCAAGGUGUGUAUUCCAGACCCGUUCUAAACACUUCUUAGCUCCCUGGGACCGGGGGUCUGUCUGGCAUGGCCAUGCUGGUAGCAGGAGAGAGAGAGAGAAAUCAACAGCAAACAAAGCCACACAUACCAAGCCGACAGCAGCAUCAUGAAAUCCCAACUGUUUUUAUUUCCUUUUUUGUGUGUGUGCACAAUCUUUCCCCUAGUGCAAAAGACUGUUACUUUGUUACUGUUGUUCAAAACGCCUUGUGUAUAUUAUUACAGAGAAAACCAACCUCAGACCAAAAAAAGUUGUCCUGCAAAGUUUAAUGAUCCACAAGUGUAUAUAUAUAUAAAUCCUCCUGCUUCCUUGUCCUUCUCCCUUUCUUCCCUCCCCCCCCCCCCCGCAGACAUGUUUUAGUCUGUGCAGGAUUUAUUUAAAAAAAAAGAAAGAUGGUCAAGCUUGUAAAGUAUUUGUUUGUGCUUUUUUUCCCCUCCUCACCUGAUUCCCCUCCCCCCCCCCCACACAGACACACAGUUUACAGGUCCAUGGCAAUACUCUUAACCAUAAGAACUGAAAGGGUGAAGAAACAAGUAGACACCAGGACUGUUAAAAGUAUUGAAGGACAGUGCUGCUGUUACACAGCAAAACAUAAACAGAUUAGAGCCACUUUUUUUCGGCUUGCAUUUCAGAUACAUUCAGAUAGCAGAUGUCUCUCAAUGAAAUACAUAUCUAUCAUAUAUAUGAACUUAUUUAUGCACAUGCUCAGAUAUGUAGACAUCAUCCAUAUAUUUAUGUAACAUAUAAAGGUAAUAGGUCGGUGAUAUACCUGCCCUUGAGUUGCCGGACCAAGAAGUUACAAAGACACCCUCUUCCCCUCCUCUCCAACCACACAUAGCCCUGGGAAUCAAUUCCUUGAGAAUUGCCCUUGUCAAUAACUCUACUCCUUGUUUUGCAGAGGGCCAUGGUCAUGUCAUUCUGAGGUCAUAUAACAUGUGUAAAAUUAGCUUCUUUGUAUUUAUACCAUUUAAAGGAUAUUUUUUUUCCAGAAAAAAAAAAGGGGGGAAUACUAUUACAGUGUUGGAGGAGAGAUAAGUUAUAGGGAGCUGUAUUUCAAAAUUUGGUCCAAAUUCCAAAAUCCAAUUGAUUGUGGCCAUUUUAAUUAUUGCCAUCGUGUGCUUGUUUCAUUCAGUGUUAAUGCACUUUUCACAGUUGAACAUGGUGUUAGUAUAGCCAGACGGGUUCCAUUAUUAUUCUUCUUCGCUUUCUCAAUGUUAAUUUAUUGCAUGGUUUAUUUUUUCUUUACAGCUGAAAUUGCUUUAAAUGAUGGUUAAAAUUACAAAAUAAAAUGUUAAUUUUUAUCAGUGUGAUUGUAAUCAAAAUAUUUUGAUUUAAAUAAUGAAAAUGAGAAAUUUUAAGCUGUGGAAUAUGUUCUUGAUCAUUUGCAGCUAAGGACUUUAAAUAAAUCAAAUGUUAACAAAAAGAAAACUUCUGCUAUUUUCCUUAAUUAAAUCCAAAAUGGAUUUUCUGAAUAUGAUAUUUUUCAAAGCCCGACACUGAACAGAAAUGACAAAAACGAAAAGAAUCUUAAAAUUUUGUUUUUUUUAUUUUUAUUAUAUGAACGUGUAGCUAGGAAAAAGUAAUUAAGGAGAUUCAAUAAAAGUAGAUAAAUAAAAAGGUAGAUAAAUUGAUUUAAUAUCCUAAGAAUUGAGUUUUUGAAAGAUUCUUUAUUCCUUGUAAUGUUUACUUCAAUUUUUGACAAGGGCUUAAGUCUUCUGUGCUUCCUUUGAGCCUUUCUACAAUGAACUCAAAUAUUAUUAAUUUAACUACCUCCCCCCCUUCUCCAGUGUAUCAUUUUCCUUUAUCUGAAAAGUAUUUGAGUGAGAAUAAAAUAUCAGAUGUAGCCGAUAAAAUUAAGUUGUCUACAAGAGAGGAAUCCGGAACGGUCUUUUUAUUAAAGGAGAGACAAAAUUUAACCAUCAUGGCAGCUUUAGAGGAGGCCCAGGGAGGCCCGGGUCAAUUCACUCCUGCAGGGGAAGCUUUGUGCCACCAGGACAUUUCAGGGUUGUGGGUAUUUUGUAUUUUGUGAAGGUAUUUUAAAAAAAAUAUUGUUUCAAAAAUGUUUUUUUUCCUGAGAACUUAAAAACUGAUGAUUUGUUCGCCUUCUAAGAAGCUUUCGAAUGCAACUUCACACCUCUACAGUUGGUUGAGAUCACAAAAUCAGUAAUCUCCUUUGAUAGUAGGCUCACUUUCCAGUCCACCUAUUUCUUUGUAAGCCUCGUCGGAUUGACAUCAACAAUAACAACACUAGCCCAAGCAGAGGCUGGCCUGCCUGAGCCCUUGUGUAUGAACUCCAUCCUAGCCAGGGCUUGAACUUGGACAGCCUUUACUUUGAUCGCCUACUCCUUACCGCGGACAAGAUAAAAAGAGCUGUGUGAGUCCCUUAAUUAUCGAGUAAUUGCCUCCCCAGAUGAGAGAAGGGGUGCCAUGUAGCACUUGAGAAAAAUCCAGAAAUCCAACCCCUGGUUCUCACUUCAGCUAAUAAAAGGAGGAGAUGGAAACUAUUGAUUUGAGUAACUUCAAAAUUUAAUUUAGAGGCCUCUCGGAAGGACGUUAAAGUCUCAAAGAGAGGGGAAAGCUUUCAAUCCCAAUAGUUAUUUAUAUUUAUACAAUGGGCAACGUUGGCAAAUUCGAGUUCCAAAAGUAAUAUAAAGGCAUGAGCUUGAUCCUCGGAAUCUUACCCGGAACCUGAAUCGUCUUACUUUGUUCCCUUCCCUUUUUCUAACAUAUUAGCAAUAAAGUGUCUUGCAUUCACCCACCAGGCUUAA